AACAAAUCGCCUUUCGUCGCACAGCGGACGUCGCAGCUGUGCGGGGAGCCGAUGACAACCGCAGGCACAGAGGACGCGCUCGGUUGGCGGCGGUUCGCUCACGACUGUGUCGAGUUUGUCUGCUCAUUUUAGGAGACGCAUAAAGGCGGGCUCACCAUGAUCAGACCAGGCGCACUCCAUCGACUCAUCUCCUGCACGCUGCUGCUCGUCUCCUUCUCCGGCUCAGGGGAGAGCCGGCCUCACCUGGCCCACAGAGGCGCAGGGGCCAGGGCGGGCAGCCAGAAGGCCCUGCUUUUGGAGGCGGUGAAGACGGGGAUCCUCAGCUCAUUGGGUAUGGACAGGGAGCCCAGGCCGACCCAAAAGGCCACGGAGCAGGAUAUGAGGAAGAUGUUUCAGCUCUACACAGAAAAAUUGAGAGAGACCAGAGGGAAUUCCAGCCAGCCAAUGAGCGAACCCAGGCAAUCCACAAUUUCUACGGUUCUCUUUCCAGCCACAGUGGAGCCAAUAAAAGUGCAUUGGAGAGCAGAACACCCAGCGCCAGUUCCACGUAUGCAGUGGCACAGAGCUGUUUUCCAUAAAAACCAAUACAUCAAGACUGAAGUGACGCUGGCUCGUGCAGAGCUGAAGAUUUCCAGGCAGAUCUUAAAUGAACCCACACCAGUUCAGGCCGCGGUAAGACAAGAGGUGAAAGUUAAAGUCAACGGCACCAAGCCGAUGAACUCUGCUGGCUGGACACACAUAGACUCUCUGGUUCACGACGACGUCUCCACCACUCAAGAUGUGAUGCUGGACCUCAGCCCUGAGGUGGAGGAGUGGAUGAGAACCGAUGGUGGUCAGGCUCUGGUUGUGGACGUAGGGAUGGUUGUGGCCGACAGAGACGCCCUCAAGGCGAACCCAACCAUAUCUCUGGAAUUAGGCCUCACGCAGCCCAAACCGGCACCGAGGACGCGGCGCUCCAACAAGGAGGACGACUGUGACGAACAAGGAUGGUGCUGCCGGAAGUCAGUCACUGUGUCCUUCAAAGACAUCGGCUGGACGGACUGGGUGGUGGCCCCGGAAGAAUACACCAUGCAUUUCUGCGACGGCACCUGCCCCCACAACUACAAGCCAGCCAGCAUGCACACGCAGGUGAAGUCUCGGCUGCACCAGAUUACCAAGGGAGGGACGCCUCGCCCCUGCUGUGUGCCGGCGGCCUACGAGCCCAUGGUUCUUAUGCACUACGACAGCAGGGGAAAUUUAAAGCUGACGCCAUUCGACGACUUCAUUGUCAGUAAAUGUCACUGCGCCUGAGGGGAGGAAAACAAAGUUACUUAUUGUGAAUCCUAACGUUUGGGAGAGCAUUUCCACCAGGGAAAUAUAUGUUACAUGGUGAAAACAAAACUGACUGUUCUUAAAUGAACAUUUAAUCACAUAUCUCCAUCGGUUAAAUUCGAAUUGCGGUCAUCCACUUGUUAAUUUUUAUUUAUUUUUUGGAGAUUGAAAAAAAGGUGUUGCUGCUGCAAAGCCCCACGGUUUCAUUUUGCAUUGGGGAUCAAACAGUGGAUCUGUUCAUUCAUAUUUUUGCCUUUAAACAUAGUUAUUUAUUUUAAGUUCUAUUUAUGGUCCUAUUUGUGUAAUUCUGUUGUUAUUGCUGUUGUGUUAUGUUACAAGUAGGAUGUACUAUUUAAUUAUAUGAUUUCUAUUGUUUUAAGAACUGUAUUGUUUCAUGAAACACGUGGUUAAGAUAUUUUUUUUGUCGUCAACAUUUCAAUAAUUAUUUGCCCAAAUCAAUGCUCUGAUUUAUUCUCACUGAGCUGUUGCACUUGAAUGUAUCAGCAUGUACAUUUCAUAAUAAAUAUACAAGCAUGGUA